AUGGAGGUGCACACGACUCGUUUAAUGGCUCAAUUGGAGAAUUCAUGCUUGGCUGGGACAUCACCUCUCGGACGCACAUCGAUGACACAAGAAUUCGACGGACGUUGGCUUCGUUGGAGCUGGCUUGCGCGAAAGCUACUUUUCCGUUGGGCAGUGAGAAACCGAGAAACUAUUCGUCAAAGAUGUCAAGCUGGUAUGGACAACUCCCUCGUAAUUCAACAUGGUGCUGAUCGCCGUGGAAAACCACCUGGAAAACCUGUGAGAGAUCUCAUUAUGUCUGACGACCACUUCAAAUGUGAAAUAUGCCGCAAAUCAUUCGGGAUUGCGGCUCUCCGGGACGAGCAUCAAAGAAGCCACCAUAAGAAAUCAUACAGAUGCGAUGAAUGUGGAAAGCGACAGUGGCUCUGGAGCAACGUCACGAUUCAAGAAGAAUUCAAUUGCAAUAUUUGCCAAGAAUCUCGAUCGAGUCUCAAAGCACUUCAAAUGCAUUUCAAAAAGAGGCACUUCGGAAAUAAGAACAGCCAGGAGUUUCUGAACGCCUGGAAUGUUUGCAGUGGAGAGAAACCCCCAAAGAAUCCGGCCGUCCAUCAGCGGAGGAAAGACAAGAGGGAGUGA